CCCUAACAUGGCAUUUGGAUCUUAAAUUGUCUGUCCUAGCCUAAAUCGUAAAUGACAAUGCAUAAUAACUCAUUUUACACGCUUUUUUCAUUAUCUUUUCUGUAGCCAUCUUUUCUGUAGUCAUCUUUUCUGCAUGUGAAUUGGUCUACAGGAAACAUUUAACUUUGAAAAAAAAGCUUAUAUUUUAUCGCUUUUGUCUACAGAAGGGAUAAAAUAUAAGGUUUAUUAUGCUGAACUGAUUUGUUUUUAUCGUAUGGACUGUCGCAAUGGUGAAACUAUUAAUAUAUUUAUUGCAUGACACUUAAUUACAUUGUUACAGUCAUAAAAUGCCACGCACUAGUAGAAGUAGAAUUCAGCUUUCUGAUGAAGAGAAAAAGAGACGGAGGCGUGAACAAAAAAAACUUAGUAUUCGUCGUGCACGAGCUAAAAUGGAUGAAGCAGCCUUAGAGAAAAGAAGAAAACAGGACCGAGAAAGAUAUAAACGAAAAAAGGAACAGGGUAAAAUUAAAACUAUAAAAGACUACACCCCUAGAGAACAACGAAACAUCAGAAAAAUAUGGAGAGAAAAAGCCAAACUAAGACGCCAGAAAGUAAAUAAUGAGAAAAACGCUUUGCGGUUCGUUGAACAGAAUACUCCACCGUCUAGUCCCUCUUUUUCGCGUAUUAAAGUCGGCAAUGCUAGAUUAAAGCGAAAUGCGCGAAAAUUACGAAUGCAAAACAAACGCCUCAAAGUAAGAAUACUUGAGCUGGAAUCUAAAAUGGCAAGAUACCGUAUGAGGGCUUUAAGAUCUAGCAAUAGAAAAAACGAAGAAAAUACAAUUCAAGAAAGAAAAUGUAAGAAAGUGCAAGAAACAAAGAAAGCUGUAGAAGAUUUUUUACUUCAAGAUAGAAAUAGCACACUUACAUCAGGAAAAAAAGAUACAAUAACUAGGCAGAAAAUGAAGAAACAAGUUAGGUUUUUAAAUGACUCUCUCAUUAACUUACAUAAGGCUUUUUUAAACCAGUCAGGAGUCAAUAUCUCAUAUGAAACUUUCCGCAGAUACCGACCAUUUUGGGUCUUAUUUCCUAAAGUCCACUCUAGAAACACUUGUUUAUGUAUAAUUCACGCAAAUAAUAAUUUUAUAUUACAAUCUCUAUAUGCUGCUAAAAUUAUUCCUUAUAAAUCUAUAACAGAGCUGCUUAAGUAUUUAUGCUGUAAUAAUACCCAGAACUUGACUUGCUUAGAAAAUAAAUGUUUUGGUUGUAAAGACAAAACUUUGGAAUGUCAUAUAGAUAAUCCAAAUGAUACUUUAUUAUUCGAAAGAUGGAUCACAAAAAGUUUUCCUGUCGUUAUUAAAAAUGUGACUAAACAAUGUCGCAAAACUGUUAAAGAAAAGGUGCAAACUACAAAAAAAGCUCUAUUUGAAAAAUUUAUUUCGAACUUACCAGUUUUAAAAAAACACGUCGCGUAUAUGAUUCAUCAGAUAAAAACAAUUCAAAAUGUUAAACAAAAUAUGUCCACUACCGAAGGCUUACUGCAUAUUGAUUUUUCGGAGAAUUAUAAUUGCAAAUAUGGACAAGAGGUCCAGUCUGCGCAUUUUGGCGGAUCAAAAGCGCAAAUUUCGUUACAUACGAGCGUAUAUUAUAAUACCAACUUAGAGUCUCCUAACAAUUUGAUAGACAGCACGUCAUUCUGCACCGUAUCGGAGAACCUGCGACAUGACCCAGUGGCUAUAUGCAUACAUUUAAUUAGUAUCAUUAAACGAAUAAAGGAACUCUCUCCAAAUUUGCAAACAUUGCACAUUUUAAGCGAUGGUCCGCUAACGCAAUACCGCAAUAAGUCUAUGUUUUUUUUAAUCGCCACGUUAAUGAGCAAAGAAUUUUCCAUUUCUUCAAUUAUAUGGCAUUAUAGUGAAAGGGGGCAUGGAAAGGGUGCCCCCGAUGGUGUUGGAGGUUGCAUAAAGCGCAUUUGCGACAGUCAUGUCGCAAAGGGCAAUGACGUGUCUAACUUGGAUGAAUUGAUGGCAUGCCUGUCCGUGCAUUGCCAAGGAAUUGAAGUAUUUAGAAUCGAUGAAUCGAGGUUUCCUGAAAUUGACUCGCUUUUGAAGGAGAGUGCUACUCGUCCGUUUAAAGGAACGCUUGAAAUACAUCAAGUAACAUGGCAUAUACAGAAUCCUAAUGUUAUCCAUGCCAGACGAUUAAGUUGUUUGGAUUGCGCAGCCUAUGAAAAAUGUUCGCAUUAUGAAAUUGGACAAAUUCAAAUAAAGUUUAAAGUUCCGAAUUUACCUAUUGAACCUGCAUUAUCUGACCAUUCUUUCAAUGUGAGGCCAUCGUCUCCUCAAGCAGGUCCUUCCAAUGAUCAGAACUGCUUGUUUGAACCCGACUUGCCUGAAAGUGAAAGAACUAGUACUGCGUCAACUGAGCCAAUAUCACCUGGAUUCUCUGAUAGAUUGACACCUGAUAAUCCAAUCGAAAAUGUAGUCUUACAAAGUAAUAGACCCAUGAAGAGCGUAAGUCGUGGACGAAUAAACUUAGACGAUUCUGAUUCCUCCGUAGAAAUUAAUACACCUAAGAAGCGCAGAAUGCCUUGUAUAAUAUUCGAUGACUCUGAUGAUGAAAAUAUUUUUUAAUUCUUUUCUUUAACAUAUUUCAAGCCCUAUGUUCCUACAUUUUGUAUUUCUAUUAUUAUUUUAGAAAUGUAUAAAUAAGUUGGAGCUUAUAUAGUUUUCAAAUUAUUUUUUUGAUUAGAGAUAAUAUUGGACGACCAACAUUUCGUUUAUAAAUCACUUAAUUUUUUUAUUUUCAAACUUUAUUCAUUUUCGAACAUUAUUUUGACUUCAAGGAGAAGUUAGGUUUAUUUCGAGCAUGUCUACUUGAGUUUUGGGAACAAAUUGAUAUAAUUUGAUUACGGAAAUUUGGAUUACAUUGUUUUGUAGACAAUUUGUUUUUUACUGUAAAAUUUCUACAGAAAAGGUGCCCAAUCUGAGGUCAAAUAAGGAUUAUUAGUUAUUUUUUAUUUUUUUUAAUUUUUUAACACUAUUGGGAUUUCUUAAAGGAAUAUUGACGUUUAUUUCGAGUAUCAUUAUUUGAAUUUUGUAAACUUAUUAUCAUAACUGAUCAUGUUAAUGAAUAUUCCGUUAUUAUCUGUAGACAACUGCGUCUUUUCUGUGGAAUUUCUACAGAAAAGUUGUCCAAUCUGUGGACAAUUUAGAAUUAUUUUUUAUUUUCGAAAAUACUAUCAUAUUUUAAAUUAUUUGACUUUAACAAGAUGUGAAAUUUAUUUAAAUCAGUACUGUUUAAGUUCCAUAAACAUUUUUUAAUUUUUUGAUAACAGAGGUAAGGACUACGUUAUUUCCUGUAGACAAGUUGAUCUUUUCUGUUGCCAUGAAAAUUUUAAAAUUGUGAUUUUUCGAGAGAAUAAGGAAGACUGAUCUGUUUCAAUAUUAUUUAAUUUAGCUAGAUACUACUCUUUAAUUAAAGGCUGAUUUUCAAAACAAUAUAGCACUUUUUAUUUUAUUGAAAUUAUGAACCAUUAAUUUUGUGUUUGACCCA